AGCGCUGCAACGAAAAACUGAACACGUUAGCAAUAUCAGUUAUGAACCAGUGGCCAGGCGUGCGAUUGGUGGUUACGGAAGGCUGGGAUGAAGAAGGAUACCAUCCUCCAGAUUCAUUACACUACGAAGGCCGGGCAGUCGACGUAACUACAUCGGAUAGGGAUAGAGCGAAGUAUGGGAUGCUUGCUAGGUUAGCUGUAGAAGCUGGAUUCGACUGGGUACAUUACGAGAGCAGGGGACAUAUACAUUGCUCCGUUAAGUUAGAAUCUUCCGUAGGCUCGAAAUUCGGUGGGUGCUUCACUGCAAACUCAACAGUCACCACUCCUACCGGCAGCAAGCGGCUAUCCGAUCUGCAAAUCGGUGAUCUCAUCCUGGCUGUAGACCCGUACACCCAGCAGGCAUUCUACAGCGAGAUGCUGAUGUUCAUAGACUACAAUCCGGAUCAGAAAAGGGAGUUCGUGAGGUUUUCCUUGAUCUCUGGGAGCACGUUUACUGUAACCCCCAACCAUUUGGUACUCAGUUCGGAAGGAUUGGGACAAGUAGAGUUUGCGGGAAACGUGAAAGUCGGAGAUAGGUUGUUAAUUAAUAGUGCAGAUGUCCUGCGAGAAGAAUUUGUCAGCCGAAUAGAAACCGUACUCGCGAAAGGCGUAUACGCGCCUCUAACCUCUGCCGGCACGGUAGUGGUGGAUGGAGUUGCAGCUUCUUGCUACGCCACAGUAGAUAGCCAACAAAUUGCCCAUUGGGCAUUCCUACCACUUAGAAUAACCUCCAACUUGAGGCACGGCCUUUGGAGGAUAUGGAGCGUCUUCAGUAGGCCUUUGAGGUCUUGGAGUAGCCCUUUGAGAGAGAAACAGGCUAGGCAAGAGUAUAUGGUAGGUGUGCAUUGGUAUGCUAAAGUGCUCUAUAGGAUAGGAGAAUACUUGAUUCCAUGGAGGUUGCAGAAUUGAAGUAGUAGGGCCGAUGACUAGGAAGAUCUGUUCUCAUUUCUGGACCUAAUUUAGUAUGCGACUUAGAUAAAAAGUUCUAAAUAUAAGAAGUAAUGUAAAUGUAUAACACUAAAAGAUAUCUAAAAGUUCCUAUAAAAAGUUCCACGUGCUUCCUCUACGAAAGUAUAGGCCCGUUAAGUACAGAACUAGAUAUGAGAUUUUUUCAAAAAAUAGAAAGUUUUCAGAGCAACAAAAAUAAGAAAUCGUUAAAUCGCGCGUUGUGUUUUUUGACAGCUAUAUCAAAUGAAAGUGGCUCGAGAAAGAAUUUCUAUGACCACCAAAGUAAACCGUGCGAAUUUCACAGUACUGACUAUUGACAAUAAUGACAGGUUUCAUUUUGACGUGAAACUAACUCCAAAGUUCCAAAACUGAAAAUAUUUCAUGGAAAAGUUUUGGUAAUACUUGUGUUAUGAUUGCACCAAACCGGUUAAGCAAUGUAUAAGUCUGGAAUCAUAGAACCGCGAAACGACAGGUAAUACAAAACCAGCAGAACUUGAAUAAAAUCUACCACAUUGCAUAUGUCGGAAAACAAAACAACUGAUUCAUUUAUAACACUGCCUAUUAAAUUCCUGCAUUUGUUUUUAUAUGUUAUAUUUCUUUUAAAUAUUUUAAUUAAGCUUUUCGGCAACCUUGCUAAAUACGCGUUAUUUUCCGUAAAUAACUUCUUAUUUUGAUCACGGAUCAAAGAAUUGUGUCGCUACUCUGAAAAAUCAAAAUAACUAAAACCAUAACGAAGCACAAAAAUAAGAACACUAAAAACUGUCUAUCAAUAUCCGUAGAAAACAGGUUAUUGUUUCAGAAGUCAGGGACGUAUUGCUGAACUUCUAACGAUCUAUAUGGCGACAAGCAAUGAUAACAUAUUUGGUAAACAGAGUCCUGUAUCAAUAAAAUCAACCCUGUUUGUUUUACUACUAUUUUGUCAUUAUGGUACCGAUUCCGAUUUAUUGGUUCCGCCAUUUUAAAAACCUAGAAAUUUUGGUAAUAAUCCUAAUCGGCGACGCACAAAAACUCCAGAUAUAGGAAAAUUUCAGAAUAUCAAACCCAGUUUUAGGCUUUCUUUAGGACUCAGGGCCCAGAAAAACAAGAAUACAUGUUUCCCAGUUAAAGGAUCAAGCACAAAAGUUUAGCAAUAAUUUAUUGAAGCUAGUCCAUCCCUGAAGAUCUAAAGGUGUUAAUUUUUUUUCUCAGAUACCGCCAUAAGAGGCAUUGAUCGGAUAGUAUGCUGUAGAAAUUUAACUGCAGUAUAAUACAGGGUUUAUUAAGAAACCGCAGUUUUCACUCAGGCCCUUCAGGUUCUUGUAGCUCCGAAGCCCAAUGUGGUUUUUUUAAAUACUAUCUUGCCUAAUACAUUGUACUUAUGUGAAUCUACCACUUCCGUCCAAUGUAUAAAAUACAAAAGAUUAAAUAAUUCACAGUCCAGGAACGAGGAUAGAAUGGCACAAUAUAUCACAAGUUGGUAAAAUAUGAACUUAUUCUAGAAAGCUUACCAACUUAGUCUGAUAUAUUUGUCAGUAUAGUGUUAAAUUUGCAUUUGCAUUGUAACCCUUAUUCGCUUUAUCAGAAGCAGCAUUAUUGUUAUAUGUUCUGACAAAUCUUAACCGUAUUUAUAUUCUUGUAGAAGCAAAAGUAAGUAAGAC